AUGCAAGCUACAAAGGUCAUCGCUAUCGUUUUCACUUUCUUCAGCCUUGCUAUGGCCGCUCCUACGCCUCAAGGUAUUCCUGCGGAUAAAGUCCGCACUGGAGGCUUCAGUGCCAAACUCAUCAAAGCCAAGCUUCUCAAAGCAAACAACUAA